AAGGGGAGGAACUUUCCUCCCUCUUUGGUGAGUUUAUUUUUUCCGUGGAGGUCGCGGCGUCAAGGGGACACACAAGGGGGAGCGCGCGGUGGCGGCGGCGGCGCGGCCAGGAUCGGGAGAGGGCCGGCAGGACGCGCGUCCGGUGCCGAGAGAAGGCACCGCGCAUCCGCGAUCUGCUUCGGAAUAUGAAGGGGUAUCCCGUAUGCCUCGCGCGCACGCGCGCGCUGCGUACAUCAUCCCCCACAGGAGGGGUGAGAUGGAGGGGAGCGCAGACAUACCGCGGCGCCGGCUUUCCCUCUCUCUCGCCAGCUUGCUUUUGUGCUCCCCCGCCAGAGGGGGGGAGGAUCUACCCAACCACACACAUGCGGGGGGUGAGAGGCCGUCGCGCCUGGCGCAAGAGCAAGCCAUGUCCCCAGCCUCUCCACGGGCGGGAGGGCAAGGGGGGGGGGCACCAUGCCUUAUAUACAUCACACACGCUCACAGGCGCGAUGGGCGAGGGGGCGAGCGAGGGGGGAGUACAAAACACGCACACACACACACACCUCCACGCAGGGAGGGGGGGUAUAUCGUUACGCAAUGCGCGUGGUGCGUCAAGGGUUGCACACCGCCGCCGUGAGAGGGCGCGCACACGCCCCCCACCAGGACGACCAGCGGGAGAGCGCGAGGGAGGAGGGGUCCCCGCCGGGCGAAAGAGAAGCCGCCACAGGGCGCGCGGCGGCCCUCUCUCCCCCCACAGUCGCCAAAGCAGGAGAGCACACAUGCAUUGCCCCUUCCCAGGCUCGCGGCGCGGCAGAACACACGCGGACGGGGCCGCGCGCACAUCCGCGCGAGCCACAGUCACAAAGAGAGGGGCACAAUGGGACAGGGGGACAGUGGGAGGGGGGCGGCAGGGGAGAGAUCCGGGAUCGGGAGCCGCGCGCGCGCGCGCGCGACAGUGUCCGGGGAGACGAGGGGGAGCGCAUUCUCGUGCGGGCGGGACAUGUGUACAUCCCCCCGCAAGGGGAGAGAUGCUCCACACACACACACAUGUGUGUGGGGAUGAUGCACACCCCCCUUGCGGGGGAGGGGGGCUUUGUUUCCGUCCCCGCGAGAUACACGACAUAUCUACACGCGCAUACACACAUGCACGUACCCAGGUUCACACACAUCAAUGCACGCGCACAGGCAUGCACGCACGCGCGCAAAAAAAGCCAACCAAAGAAGGAGGGCGCCCCGCCCCCCAACGAAUGCGUGCGCGCUAUUUUGUGCACGGCGGCGGGGAUCUCAGCGCGGCGGGGGCAGGCGCGGCGUGAACAGCAUGAAGCGCGAGAGGGAGGGGGAAGAGAAAGGCGAGGCCUACGCGCGCCCAUGCGCGCAUGCAUAGACAGUGUUGCAGGGAGGGAGGCGCGUGCGCACUGGGGGACAGGGCGGCGCGCGCCGGCGGCGGCGGCCGAGGGAGUGUCGGGCAGGCUCAUUCGCGCUGCUGCCGCCACCCACGGGCGCCCUUGGCCGGAGAAAACUCCGCACUCCCCCCGCACGCUCUCUCGGCAUGCACGCACAUGCGUGGGUCACCUCGGACCCCUCUUCCGCCCCACUCUGUCGGGACUCACACACGCACACGCUUUGCACACACCCCGCGUGCUUUCUCGCGCUCGCGGAUGUGCGCGCGCGCACGCACCGAAACACGGAGGGGCAAAAUGCGCCGCCUCUUGGAGGGCUUAUCUAUACGCACACACGCGCGCGCGACCUGUGUGUGCGCGGCAUAUGUCGUCCGCGGGUGAGCGCGCUCUGCUUGCGUGCACACGCCCCCACCCACCGGGGAGGGCGAGACACGCAUACACGCACAUGCACGCAUGCGCACACAUGAUAUGAUGUGUGCGCGCCGCUGGAUGCUACACCUUUCUCGCUCAUCGGAGGGGCCGGGCGCGCUCUCACAGGAAAGAGCGGGAGCGUGCGCCGCCACCCGCUCCGCUUUCUUUCUCCAGUCCAGAUACACACACACACUGUCGCCGCAGCGCGCCUCUCCGUUUUUUUCGCCGGCACGGCCUUCUUUGAGCAUGCGCGCACGCGAGCGCGCAUGUGCCGCGCGGGCCUCCGAAGGGAGCCCGACACGCAGAAGGCAGCGACACGGCCAGGAGAGAGCGGGGGGGCUGGGCGCAUGUGUGCAUGUGUGAAGGGGGAGAAGAGAGGGGGGAGGGAGGCGCGAUACACUUGGCGCUCGCUGCUACGCUGCUGAGCACAUGCAGGAGACGUGUGUAUGGGGGCGUGUCUCUCGCGGCUGCCCCCCUGCUUCUUCGGCGGUCCUAUCGUCGUCUUCGCCUCGCGCGUCUCU